GUCCUUUCGUGAUUGCUGGAAUACGAACUAUUCUCGUUGUACAGUGUAUAUAAGGUCCAGUCGCAAUCGUGUUGCGUAGAAGAAGGGAAAUCCUUGUUGCAUCAAAGACAGAACCGCAACGUUCACAACCUAUACUACGGAGAUACGUCAUGUCUACAGGAACACCAGCUUCCCAAGCUCAACACCCGUCCGCGGUAUCGGAUAGCAAGGAACACAAGUUCAAUCCGAACUUCACACAAGCAGUCAUCAAUGCGACGGGACCAAAGGCUACACCAAGAGUCAGGCAACUUACAGCAGGAUUGAUACGGCAUCUUCAUGAUUUUGCGAGGGAGAAUGAGCUCACCGUCGAUGAGUGGAUGACAGGAGUCGAGUUGAUGAAUGCAGCAGGUCGCAUGUCGGAUUCCAAACGCAAUGAAGGCCAAUUGCUGUGCGAUAUUCUCGGCCUCGAGUCUCUCGUCGACGAAAUUACCUAUAAGCUUGCUUCCACCGCCGUUGACGAACCCACCUCAACCGCUAUCCUAGGCCCCUUCUAUCGGCAGAACGCUCCGAAGCUGCCUAUGGGCUCCUGUAUCGUGUCCAAGGAGAUAAAUGAGCAAGGUGACCGGACAUUUAUGCAUGGCACCGUCACAGACUUCAAAACAGGUCAGCCUAUCGAGGGCGCGGUGGUGGACGUAUGGCAUACGGCACCGAACGGACUGUACGAACAACAGGAUCCAGACCAGCCAGAGAUGAAUCUCAGAGGCAGAUUCACAACAGGCAAGGAUGGGAAGUAUAGCUUCUAUUGUUUGAGGCCGGUGCCCUAUCCCAUACCUUUUGAUGGCCCUGCAGGCGAGAUCUUGAAGGCGUUGGAUAGACACCCAUUCAGACCGGCUCAUAUACACUUUCUGCUUACUGCACCCGGUUACAAACCUAUUGUUACCCAAAUCUUCGACCGAACGAGCAAGUACAUCGACGACGACGCUGUCUUUGCAGUCAAAGACUCUCUUCUUGUAGAUUUCAAACCUUUCGAGGGAGAUCCGCAAGCGGACUUUGAGCUGCCAUAUGAUUUCAAGAUGGCAAGCUUCGAGGAUGCUAAGAAGCACUCGGUUGCAGGGACGACAGAAGAAAGCGCGUAAUUGUCAAAGACCUAAACCCAAAUCCAGAAACUCUUCAACUACUCCUAAUAUUUUGUUCCCAAAGCUCUGAUUAUUUUGCUCUCCAAUACCGCAGCCACCUGUUUCCGCUAUCAUUCCGAUGUUAGGCCGAUCCCCCGCAUUGUAGCUAACCGUCUCCAACCGAACCGCGGUUGUCAUACAACGCCUUACACGCGUCGCACGCCCUA